AUGAGAGAGGAGAAAGUUACGAGCCUCAGCACGCCUGCUAGAUACAGGUAUCCACGCUCGGCACAGGCCGAAAUCGUGCGAUUGCACCAGAAGGACACAUACUACCGUGACGCAUUUCAUGAGCAACUCAAGGAAUUUGCGAUCAAUGUGUUUGGGUCGCGCGCUACUCACAAAUAUGAAAAUCUACUGAUCCUCGGCUCAAGUCUAGUGUACUUUGGCCUUUGCACAUUGAAUGGGGCACAGUCGUUAGGCGAAGAGUAUGUUAAUGCGAUGAUGCGGCACCGUAAGACGGGUCACAUCGUGAGUGCCAAGCGCCGUGCUGCAUUUCUUCUACUGUACGUUGUUGCCCCCUACAUAGUAGCGCGGUCGUACAGCGCAGUACGUGCGUGGGUCGUUCGGGUGGGUGCAUUGAACGAUGAGAAACGCGAGGAAGAGAAGCAGCUAGAAAGUAUGGGCAUCGUUGGCAUGGAGAAUCCAACGUUAUGUUCUCGCAUUUGGUCGCGGUGGAAAGUCGAUGAGCUUAUCCACUGGCUUUCGAGACAUUUGCCGGGCGCGCAUGAACUCGCAGGAUCACAUGGAUUCUUUGCCUACGUAUCUGCAGCGCAGCUCGCCAUGUUCUACCUUUGGGGUCGGUAUUAUACCCUAGCUCACCGAUUCGUUGGUGCGGACUACAUGUAUGCAAGUGCGCGUCGGCCGGGCUCUCCACCAAUGUCCUAUGAGGUACUAGGUGUACUUCUAACGAUUCAAUUUCUUGUCAAGCUCGGCUUGAUGUGGCGGAACCGGCUACUUCGAGCGAACGGGGGAGUAGCCGUGAGAGAUGUCAUAUUUGCCUCUCGCUCUAGAAAUCCGAAUCAAAAACCACACUUGAAGCUUGAUGACAAGGAAGUAUUCCCUCACGACGGUACUGUCGUAACAAGGGAGCCUGGUAUGUUUAUGCCGCAGCCAUACACGUUUCCGCUGAUAUACCCAUGCGCCGAUGGUGAAGUCAAGCCGGCGGAUCUAGGAAUGGAGCAAGUCAGCACGGAGGAAGAAAGCCGCGACUUUGAUGCAGCACAGGCGGCCAUUCGAACGAGGACAGCACAAUUGGAAGCGAUCUCUAGCCAGAUUCUUCGCUGUACACUGUGUAUGGAUCGACGUGAACCUCAGAAAGGGGAUAGUGCCGUCACGGAGUGCGGCCAUGUGUUUUGUUGGGCAUGUAUUGAAGAGUGGCUAAGCGAGAAGCCGGAGUGUCCAUUGUGUCGUCAAGGCGUGAGCAUCACACAACUGAUGCCGAUCUAUAACUUGUAG